CGCUGGAGAGGAAAAAAGCGCCGUCGGACUGCAACAGCGACUCACCGGGGAAAAUGUGCCCUCGGCCGCCUUCCAUCAACGCCGUCGACGUCUGCAAAAGUCAUGUGAAAGGAUCCGCAGCAUAUGAGGACUCGACUUUUCUCCACCAUUAAACUUGUUUCAGAGGAUUGAAAACUCCAGAGUGAUUAAUAACAAGACCCCAGGAAUUGAAGUUAACAUUGGACAGGUGCAGAAAAUGGCGGGACGGCUCCUGCAGCUCUUUGCCUUGUGGACUAUUGUGAUUGGCAUUGUGCAGUGCUGUCCAGAGCUCUGCAGCUGCCAGGAUAAAUUUGCCCACCAGUUCGCUGACUGUGCUUACAAAGACCUGCUGACGGUGCCCGUGGGUCUCCCGUCCAAUGUCACCACUGUGAGCCUUUCUGCCAAUAAGAUCAAAUUGCUGAAAAGUAAAAGCUUCGUCAAUAUCACGCAGGUCACCUCUCUCUGGCUGGCCCACAAUGAGAUAGUUACCAUAGAGACGAACACCUUGGCCCCCUUGAUCCAGCUCCGCAACCUGGACAUCAGCCACAACAAAAUCGUGAACUUUCCAUGGGAGGAUCUGCACAACCUCACAGCCCUGCAGCUGCUGAAAAUGAACAACAAUGAGAUGGUGAACCUUCCAAAAGAUGCCUUUUCCACCCUCAAAGACUUGAGGUCGCUGCGCAUCAACAACAACAAGUUCACCACCAUUGUGCAGGACACCUUCAGUGCUCUCACCUCCAUGUCCCACCUUCAGAUUUUCCGCAACCCCUUCACGUGCUCCUGCAGCCUGGAGUGGCUGAGGGACUGGAUCACGACAACUAAGAUUUCGGUCCCCGAGCCAGAAUCAAUUUUAUGCGAGGGCCCUGAACACCUGAAGGGUACGAUGGUUACUAAUAUGCCCAAACUGGACUGUAAGCCCCCUACUGUUACAAUAACAUACCAGCCCAACAUUGAGAACACAGAGCUCUACGAGGGUUUCAUGGUCAUCUUAAACUGUGAGACAACAGGGAGCCCCAGACCACAAGUCAGCUGGGAGGUGACUGCAGGAAAUCAAAACUAUCUGUUCCCCCUGCCCGUCACUGGAGAGACAAAUGAGGCGCCAAUUAAUGAUAAAACAACCAACAAUCGAUUCUUGGUGUUUAGAAACGGCACCCUCAUCAUCCCUCGUAUGAGUAAAAAGGAGGAUGGAAAUUACAGCUGCUCUGCGGUGAAUGAUUUGGGUAAGGCGGAGAGCAGUGUUAAAGUGGCUAUGGCGGCCACCCAAAAGCACGGCGGCGAUGCAAAGCUUGACUCCACGGUGGACAAGAUCCGUCCUUCUGCCAAAAAGCCUGCGGAGCCCAAGAUCUCCAAAAACAAUGUGAUCAACUGGAGCAAGUCUGAAGAAAAGACAAAGGACGGGCCUGAAGGCUCGUCAGACAAAAACGACGGCACCGGGCAGGCCGGCGGCGUGUCGAAGGACCCCACCUUCGCCAGCAAGUGCGGCGUGAGGGACAGCAGUGAAUACAUCUCCAACCACGCCUUCAACCUGAGCUUGGACGACCUGAAGCAGUACACUUUCGAUUUCGGGGUCAUCGCGUUAGAGGUGUCAGAGACGGAGGCCAAAGUGCAGCUAAAUCCGCUGCAGCUUCCCAGCAGCAAAUCUAACCUUCAUCUCAGUCACACUGAAAAACAGGAAACGGUGGACAAAGAGCCUCUGGGUCUGUUCCAGUCCUCAUCCAGUAAAGACAGCCUCGACAUGCUCUACCUCUGUGUAAAUACAGGUAAUGGACACUCUAUGGUUCAGUGGUCCAACAUAGAGGAGGGGGUUAAUUCCUACCGCUUCCAUGGUUUACAGCCUGGCACCAAUUACACACUUUGUCUCACCUAUGGGGGGCAGGACUGCCAAGUGCAAGUAGUCUUCACAACUAGGAAAAAGAUCCCCUCCCUGCUUAUCAUCGUUGUUGUCAGCAUUUUCCUACUGGGUCUGGCCACUGUUCCCUUACUGGGGGCCACCUGCUGCCAUUUGCUAUACAAGUACCAAGGGAAGACCUACAAGCUGAUCAUGAGGGCUCAGAAUCCGGAUCAGAUGGAGAAACAAAUGGCAGGAGAUUUUGAUCCUAGGGCGUCUUUCGUGGAGUCGGAGAAAACAUUCAACCCCAGCGAGUUAGGCGAGGGGGAGGGAGAGGCCGAGGGAGAGGAGGGAGACGGAGAGGGAGAGGCUGAGGGCAGCGUGGUGACGGAGUCCAUCCCCGGAUCCUCAUCCAAAACCAACCAGGAGGAGUUCGAGGUGGGCUCGGAGUACAGUGACAGGUUACCGCUGGGAGCAGAGGCGGUCAACAUCUCGGAGGAGAUCAACGGCAACUACAAGCAGCCAAGCCGCUGAGCUCCGCCGCUGCCUGCCAGUGUCAUGUAAAAUAUUUUACUUUCAAGUAGCCCACAUUCAAGCAGGUAACUCACCCACCAUUCCUCCACGUGAAAACCGGCGGCUUCUGCAAACACAGGUGGAUCUUUUCAUUUAUUAUUAUUUUUUACCUCAGAAAGUCCUCCGUCGAUCACCUGAGAUUGUGAAUUGAUUCAUGUGACAUUUGUAGUCUUAACAGUUACUGUAAGGUUAAAAUAAGCGACAUACGUUUAUGGUGCGAGCAGAGCUUUCUCCUCCAGUUUUAUCAGACCUCAAAGGUGACAGGAAAGCAACAAAAACGCUUCCCUUUUUCUGCGGGACACACGCGGAUGGGCGCGGGCGCAAAUUGUGCAAAAGGCACGGCGCGGAGCUCGCCAGAGUUCCGCGUAAUUUAAGGCAAAAAACAAACAAACAAACAAACAAACAAAAACAAGAUGUAAUCAUCGUUUUGAGAGCACAAAAAUAAUACAACAUCAAAGUGCCACGUGUUUUAAAGCCAUUAAAAAACAGCAGGGACCAAUAAUUUCUAAGAUGUGCGCACAUGCGCCAGACGCGCGUGAGCCUCGUCUAAAACCUGCCAAUUAUCGUCUUCUCAGGUGUCGGCACGCCGGCUCCGCUCCUCUAGUCCACGGAACACUUGUCGCAGAUUUGGACGAUGACAUUUGAGAAGCAGCCAGACGCGGAUAUUUGGUUCCGGUGUUUUUGCGCCUCACCCGCCCGUUGUCUUGUGCGUCCAGGAGGGGAAAUUUCACUUUCAGCUGUGUUGUGCUUGACGGGAAAUCCCAGGUUAUUUACCAACGAGAUGUUGUUCGACGUAAUGUUAAGGCUUUAAAAAAUGUGCGACUUUAAACCUCUUAAUCAACGGGUGCUUGCUCUCGCUUUUUACAAUGAACGUGUCCAUGGCAUGUCACACGUAUUUCCUUGUGUGGUUUUUAUUAGUGUAGUCUAGAGGACUUUAGAUGUUGCUGUCAACCUGUGAUGUAAAGCCAUGUGAAAUGAAAUUAUUCUCCUUUUUUCAUUUUUUUUUUUACGACGGUAAAUUUCUAUGAAGCCUCACCAAAAAGGCGCAUGUGAGUGUCUGGCGGCUUCACUGUCUUGUAAUUGAUGCAUAUAGUGACUUUUUGUGAACUGUUGUAAAACGAAACUGAAAACCGGUGACCUUUCAAGAUUUUUUGAUAUAAUUUUAUGUAAGUGGAAUUAAUAAAACAUAUGAAAAUAUACGGACGAUUUUCUGGAUUUAUCAUUGCGGAUUGAGAUGUUUCAGGAGGAAAAAAAAUAAAUCUCAGCUCCAUUAUUUUU